AAUACACUUAAAAACAGUUUUGGUUGCUAUGCUAAAACUUUAGAAGAAAAAAAAAAAACACUUGAACUUCUUUUUUUUGAGAGAAAAAUACACUUAAAACUUUGGUUUAGCUUUUGUAUUAACACACUGAUUUGCUCCGGCGAAGUAUGGUCGUAGUCUCCAACUUCCUCCUCCAUCAGAUAAUCCGUUAGAUGGAAGAAACCAAACGAAACUCUGAUCUCCUCCGUUCUCGUGUCUUCCUCUCAGGCUUCUAUUGCUGGGACUGGGAAUUUCUCACUGCUCUCUUGCUCUUUAGUUGCUGAAUCUUUCCUCCCAUUUUUCAUUUUUCUCUUUCUCUUUCUGUCUAGAUUAUAUUUAGUCCAUCUUUUUAUUGUUUUCUUUAGUUUUUAUUAAAAAAAUUCGUCGAAGAUGACGACGGUGAUGGCGGCGCAUAGAACUGUUCCGGCGCCAUUUUUAAGCAAAACGUACCAGCUAGUGGAUGAUCAGAUCACAGACGACGUCGUUUCAUGGAACGAAGAUGGGACAGCUUUCGUCGUAUGGAAAACAGCUGAGUUCGCUAAAGAUCUACUCCCUCAGUACUUCAAACAUAACAACUUCUCGAGCUUCAUCCGUCAGCUCAACACUUACGGUUUCCGGAAAACUGUACCGGACAAGUGGGAGUUCGCCAACGACAACUUCCGGAGAGGACAGGAGGAGCUCCUGUCGGAGAUACGCCGGCGGAAAUCGGUGAUCGCCGCGGCGGGGAAAUGCGCAGUCGUUGGCUCGCCGUCGGAGUCGAACUCGGCGGGAGACGAUCACGGGUCUAGCUCAACGUCGUCGCCGGGGUCGAAGCACCCGGGGUCGGUGGAGAACAUGGUGGCCGAUCUGUCCGGAGAGAACGAGAAGCUGAAACGAGAGAACAGCAGUCUGAGCUCGGAGCUCGCGGCGGCGAAGAGGCAGCGCGACGAGCUCGUAGCGUUCUUGACCGAGCAGAUGAAAGUGGGACCGGAGCAGAUCGAUGAGAUGAUCAAAGGAGGGAGGUCCAGAACGACGGUGGAGGAAGGUUGCGGCGGAGACGGCGUGGAGGAGGAGAAGGGGGUGGUAGGUGAAGGGUUGAAACUGUUCGGGGUGUGGGUGAAAGGAGAGAGAAAGAAGAGGGGCCGGGAUGAGAAGAAUUUCGUGGUGGGUGGGUCCCGUAUGACGGAGAUAAAGAACGUGGACUUUCACGCGCCGUUGUGGAAGAGCAGCAAAGUCUGCAACUAAACAAAACAAAAAAGGAUGACUUGUAAGAGACUGUUCAAACAAGCGUGUGACACGUCAUUGACGUUGAAAUAGAAAAAGAAAGCUAGAGUCUUAAUGAUUUUAUAAUUUUCCGUAAGGAAGAUUUUUAUUUUUAUGUUACAAAUGGAUUUUCAUGUAUUAUAUACGGUUGAAAAAAAUAAGACGGACGUUUCGGAUUUUA